GAGAAGAAUCUCUUCUUGUUCAGCAAAAUUGAUAUGAUUACUCUGAGAAUCACAAGAAAUCUUGGAGCAAGAAAGUGAGCCAAUCCCUCCCUUCGUUUUGGGGAUAUGAUGUUCGGCCGACUACGAUUGACGAAGACCGAUGAACUGGCGGCUACUCGGUCCGUCGCAUCGCCGGCAUCUUUUCUCCUCGCCGUGAUCUUCUUCUUCUCGCCGAUCCUCGGCGGGAGAUGGAUCGUCUUUGCUGACGGUAGCAGCGGUGGCGCCUCGAGGAAUGGAUACUCCGGCGGAUUAUGGUCGUCGGCUAUUGCUCCUUCCAAUGUUGGUUUAGCUGUCGCGGUCACCGUCAUGGCCGGUCUCGCCUUGGGUUUCACCGUCGUCUACUCCCGUAGAGGAAGCAUUGGAUCACCUUGGUCACUGAGGAGAAGAAAGCAUGCUCUUCAACCCAAACAGUGGAAUGAUUUUUUUACAGAGGAAGGGCGACUCAGUGAUGGAGGUGUCAAAUUUUUGAAGAAAGUUCGCAGUGCGGGUGUGAAUCCAAGCAUCAGACCAGAAGUUUGGCCGUUCCUCCUUGGAGUGUAUGACUUAAACAGCACCAAAGAAGAAAGAGAUUCUAUCCGACAGCAGAAACAGAAGGAAUAUGAAAACUUGAGGAGACAGUGUCGCGAGAUUCAUGAUCGCAAUGAAAAUGGCUGUGACUCAAAGCAUACAGCUCAGAGCAGCAACACCGAAGAUAGUCAGGUUCUUGAUUCCCAUCAUAUUGAAGAAGUCGAUAGUUCCACAAGAUCCAUCCCAGUAGAAGAAUCAGAGAAGUUGAAUCACGAAUCGGUUCUGCAGGAUGAGGAUUGUGAAAAGAGUGAUGUCACCACUGAAGAUAAUGCUGCUAAUGACUCAGACUCAAUCAACUCUGAAGAAACGGAGACUUCACCGCUUUUAGAGAAGGAAGAAGCAGAAAGCCACCACAAUUCAGUUAACUCAGAAAAAGACAAUCCGUCUCCAUCGAAGCCAAAAACUCAGGCAGAUGAGGAUUUCGUCACAACAUGGCAGAGAAUUAUCCGCCUGGAUGCAGUGAGAGCAAAUGACGAGUGGGUGCCCUACUCACCGUCUCAAGCUGCUGUCUCUGAGACAAAAGCCCGGGGAAUAGCCACACAGGUUGGUCUCAAUGACUACGACCACUUGGAGCCCUGUCGGAUCUUCCACGCAGCCCGCCUGGUCGGUAUCCUUGAAGCCUAUGCAGUCUAUGACCCAGAAACCGGCUACUGUCAAGGAAUGAGCGACUUACUAUCUCCGUUAAUCGCAGUAAUUGAAGACGACGUCUUAGCAUUCUGGUGCUUUGUUGGGUUCAUGAGCAAAGCACGGCAUAAUUUCCGGCUAGACGAGGUUGGAAUCAGGCGACAGCUCUCAAUGGUGUCGAAAAUCAUACAAUUCAAGGACAUUCGCUUGUACCGACACUUGGAGAACCUGGAAGCAGGAGACUGCUUCUUUGUAUACCGUAUGGUGGUGGUUCUGUUCAGACGAGAACUAACCUUUGAGCAGACGCUUUGUCUAUGGGAGGUAAUGUGGGCGGAUCAAGCAGCCAUACGAACCGGGAUUGCAAAGGCGACUUGGGGGAGAAUCCGGUUACGGGCACCGCCCACGGAAGAUUUGUUGCUCUAUGCGAUCGCGGCAAGCGUGUUGCAGAGGAGAAAGACGAUCAUAGAGAAAUACAGUGGGAUGGAUGAGAUCAUGAAGGAAUGUAAUAGCAUGGCUGGUCGUCUUGAUGUUUGGAAACUUCUUGACGAUGCUCAUGACUUGGUCGUCAAUCUUCACGACAAGAUCUGAUCCGAGUGUGACUUUAAUCUCACUCUUAAGUGCCUCUUAUCACUUUACUUGUUGCACUUUUUGUUAGUGUUCAAUUGUUAUUGUCACUUAAAAUGUGAAACAAAAUGGUCCUAAAACGCUUGUAAACGUCUUCAUCGAUGUCGUUUGACACUUUGACUCAUCUACAGUAAACCUUCUUCCGCGAUUUGGAUUUUGA